CGUAAGCUAUCGAUUCUCCCAUCCCCGAAUCGUGAUAGCUUCAACAGGUGAGGUCCAGAUUUAGAAGAUGGCUUUAACGGUUCGGCGCACUUUUGGUGUGAGAUUUGGAUCUUUGGUGCUAAGUGACUUCGCUUGCUAGAUCGUGAUGUGAGGUGGAUGGAUCGGUAAUUAAGCCAAGAAUUUGAUUCAGGACUCUUAUAUAUCCGUUGUCGUACGUUCGUUCUCUGACUGCUUUUCCUCAGCGGUAACACUCACUUUCUUUUCUUGCUGUUGCUGUGCAUUUGCCCCGUCACUCUUUUGACUUGAUACUCUCUACCAACUACAUUCCACUCACUUGCGAGAAUCUCUAUUCUCACUUACAAUCGUUACUCUUACUGCAAUAGCCUAAUACCCUCCUUUCACAAUGCCUCCCUCCAAGGUCUUUGCAGCCAUUUUGGCUGCUCUGGCCGUGGCCGACGCCAGUCCCUGUAAGCCCAAGCCUGUCACAACAAGUGGUUCAACCGCUGCUGUUGUCACUACUUCUGGCUCAACCAACAUUCUUUCUUCUACUGCUACUACCGAGACUGCUGCUAUUACCACUACUGGAGCUGCUUGCUCUCACUACACUCCCUACACUGAGAUCGUCCCCGCUGAUUGCGGUAAGACGGGCGUUGCACCCAAUUGCGCUGAUAAGGUCAUUGGAUCUCCUAUCACUGUUACCGACUAUGCUGAGUGCGGUAACACUUGCGGUAUGACCGUUGGCUGCAAGUCUUUCUCUAUCAAGGGUUCUUCUUGUACCCUUUACAAGGCCCCUGUUUCUUCGCUUGGAUAUGUGUUUAAUGAGGGUUCCGAUGUUAGCCACUUCUAUGAUCUUGAUCUUUGCUUUGGAUGCGGUGAGGGCACGACUACCUCUGGUACUGAGACUGCUACCGGACCGGAGACUACUGCCACUGGAAGUGAGACUUCUGGUACCGAGACUGAGACCUCCGCUACUGGCUCUGCUACCGAAACCACCGGUACUGCUUCAGCCGAAACUACAACUGCUACCGGAUCUGAGACCGAGACCUCUGCUACAGGAUCUGCCACUGAAACCUCCGCCACUGCCUCCGAGACUGGAACAACAACAGUUACUGGCUCUGAGACCGAGACUUCUGGUACAGCCCACGCUACAGGCACAACCGACACUGAGACUUCAGCCACUGGAUCCCAGACCGAGACUACAACUGCUCCUGGCUCUGCUACUGAGACUUCAGCUACCGAGACCCUCACAGCCAACACAGACACAACAACAGCUGCUGCCACAACAACCACCUCCGCAGACUGCACAGCCUACACCCCCGUCGCCAACCCACCCGCCACCAACUGCGCCGUCCGAGGCACCACCAACGGCCCCAGUGCCUUCUUCAACAACCUCGCAGGCUACGGUGACUCUACUCCUAACGACUGUGCUCUCAAGUGCGGCAACUACCACGAUGCUACCAAACCCAACGACAAGUGUGUCUCAUUCUCUCUGGAUGAGAGCAACACUUGCUACUUGUACAAGGUUCCUGUGAGCAGCUUGGGUGUUGGUGCCGGCACGCCUGUCUCGGAGUUUUAUGACUUUGAGGCUUGCUAUUCUUGUGAUGAGGGUGGUGUUACUACUACUGAGAGUGGAACUACGACUACCGAGGGGUCUGGAUCAUCUACCACUGAAGCUGGUGUUGACACUACUACUACCGAGACUGGCUCAGAGACUGGAACUACUACUACUGAAGUCGGUGCUGGAUCUACAACUACUACUGCCGCUGGUGUUGACACUACUUCUACCGAGGCUGGCUCUGAUACCACUACCACUGAAGCUGGCGUCGAAUCUUCCACCACUGAAGCUGCUUCCACCACCACCGACUCCGUCUGCACCGGCUACACUCCCGUCCCUAACCCCCCUGCCACCAACUGUGCCGUCAAGGGCAAGUCCUAUAAGAGCUACAUCUCCUACGACACUGGCAACAGCGCUGAUGUUUGUGCUAGCAAGUGUAGCGAGGUCUCUGGCUGCAAGUCUUUCGCUUACAAGGCUUCUUCAUCUACUUGCACUUUCUAUACUUACACUGUGAGCGAGCUUCAGAUUAGCAGCUGUGCUUCUACUGAGGAGUCUGAGUUCUAUGAGUUUGAGGUCUGCUAUGCUGGUUGUGGUCAGGCUACUACUACCACUGAGGCUGCUGGAGCUACAACGACAACUGAGGCUGGUGUUGAGACUACUGCUACGACUACUACUGAGGCCGGCGAGGGCUCUACGACCACCACCGAGGCUGCUGUCGCUUCUACAACUACAACCGAGGCUGGUGUUGCUUCCACAACUACGACUGAAGCUGCUUCUACCACUGAGGCUCCUACAACCACAACAACCGAAGCCCAGUCCACAACCACCACCGAAGCUCCCACCACAACCACAGAAGCUCCCGUCUGCACCAACUACAUCCCCCUACCCAACGCCCCCUCAACCUGCGGCAAGCAAGGCAAAGUCUCCUGCCGCUCUGCCCAAAAGCUUGGCCAAACCACCUCCGUCACCGACGUCAACGCCUGCGGCAAACUCUGCGGCACGACCCUCACCUGCAAGACCUUCUCCUACAGCCCCAAGUUCCGCAGCACCGGCGGUUACUGCCAGCUCUACUCCGCGCCUCUGUCACAGCUCAGCUUCACAGCCUGCAACACGGGCGUCAAGUUCUACGAUCUUGAUACCUGCUACACUUGCUCCAACACUCCUACGCCUACACCGCCUGCUACGUGCUCCAAGUAUGUUCCUGCGUUUGAGAAGUGCGCUAAGGAUACGCAUUGCGGAACACGCGGUGAGAUCUGUCAGGAGGAGAAGAUUAAUGUUGCGGGUGAUGCGUCGUGUCUUGAGAACUGUGCCAAGAGCUGUAUUCAGUAUGGAAAGGACUGCAAGUACUUUAGCUAUCAGCCUGAGUUCUACGGUACGCCUGCCAAGUGUAAGCUGUACAAGAGUGGAAAGAUCACCAAGAAGAGUACUUCUUGGGUCAAGUUCUACGAGCAGGAUUGCUUCAAGUGCCAGCAGUCCAAGUAAGCGCAUGGGACACGAUGGAAAAGGGAUGGAAGGGAGGAGUCGCAGAACAACAUUCUUUUCGUAUUCUACGACUUUGAACGUUAGCAUUUUUAUGUAAUUACUUUACUUUUU